GGGGAGGGGAAGGGGUUCUCGCGCGAUCGGGCGAGGUUUCCGGUGUUGUGACUGAAACCCGUCAAUAUGGCGGCGAUCGGCCGCGGCCGCUCUCUGAAGAACCUCCGAAUACGAGGGCGGAAUGACAGCGGCGAGGAGAACGUCCCGCUGGAUCUGACCCGAGAACCUUCUGAUAACUUGAGGGAGAUUCUCCAAAAUGUGGCCAAAUUACAAGGAGUAUCAAAUAUGAGAAAGCUGGGCCAUCUGAAUAACUUCACAAAGCUGCUUUGUGAUAUUGGCCAUAGUGAAGAAAAGCUGGGCUUUAAUUAUGAAGACAUCAUAAUUUGUUUACGCUUAGCUUUAUUAAAUGAGGCGAAAGAAGUGAGAGCAGCAGGGUUGCGAGCGCUGCGCUAUCUCAUCCAAGAUUCCAGUAUUCUGCAGAAGGUGCUAAAACUGAAGGUGGAUUAUUUAAUAGCUAGGUGCAUUGACAUUCAGCAGAGCAAUGAGGUGGAGAGGACACAAGCCCUUCGCUUAGUCAGAAAGAUGAUUACUGUGAAUGCUUCCUUGUUUCCGAGUUCUGUGGCCAACUCAUUAAUUGCAGUUGGCAAUGAUGGCCUUCAGGAGCGAGACAGAAUGGUCCGGGCGUGCAUUGCUAUUAUCUGUGAACUAGCACUUCAGAACCCAGAGGUGGUAGCCCUUCGAGGCGGACUAAACACCAUACUGAAAAAUGUGAUUGAUUGCCAAUUAAGUCGAAUAAAUGAGGCUCUCAUUACAACAAUUUUGCACCUUCUUAAUCAUCCAAAGACCCGGCAGUAUGUGCGAGCUGAUGUAGAAUUAGAGCGAAUUUUAGCACCCUACACUGAUUUCCACUACAGACACAGUCCAGACACAGCUGAAGGACAGCUCAAAGAAGACAGAGAAGCACGGUUUCUAGCCAGCAAAAUGGGAAUCAUUGCGACAUUCCGCUCAUGGGCAGGUAUUAUUAAUUUAUGUAAACCUGGAAAUUCUGGGAUACAAUCUCUAAUUGGAGUACUUUGCAUACCAAAUAUGGAAAUAAGGCGAGGACUCCUCGAAGUGCUCUAUGAUAUUUUUCGUCUCCCUCUGCCUGUUGUGACAGACGAGUUCAUAGAAGCCCUGCUCAGUGUAGAUCCAGGAAGAUUCCAGGACAGUUGGAGGCUUUCAGAUGGCUUUGUGGCAGCUGAGGCAAAAACUAUUCUUCCCCAUCGUGCUAGAUCCAGGCCAGACCUCAUGGACAAUUACUUGGCACUGAUACUCUCUGCAUUUAUUCGCAAUGGACUCUUAGAGGGCUUGGUGGAGGUGAUAACGAACAGUGACGACCACAUCUCAGUGAGGGCAACCAUCCUGUUAGGAGAGCUCUUACAUAUGGCAAACACCAUCCUUCCUCACUCGCAUAGCCAUCAUUUACACUGCUUGCCGACCCUUAUGAAUAUGGCUGCGUCCUUCGAUAUUCCCAAGGAAAAGAGGCUGCGAGCCAGUGCAGCCCUGAACUGUUUAAAACGCUUCCAUGAAAUGAAGAAACGAGGACCUAAGCCUUACAGCCUUCAUUUGGAUCACAUCAUUCAGAAAGCAAUUGCAACACACCAAAAACGGGAUCAAUAUCUUCGAGUUCAGAAAGAUAUAUUUGUUCUUAAGGAUACCGAGGAAGCUCUUUUAAUAAACCUUAGGGAUAGUCAAGUCCUCCAACAUAAAGAGAAUCUUGAAUGGAAUUGGAAUCUGAUUGGGACCAUUCUUAAGUGGCCAAAUGUAAAUCUAAGAAACUAUAAAGAUGAGCAGUUGCACAGGUUUGUGCGCAGACUUCUUUACUUUUACAAGCCCAGCAGUAAACUGUAUGCCAGUCUAGAUCUGGACUUCGCCAAGUCCAAGCAGCUCACAGUUGUUGGUUGUCAGUUUACAGAAUUUCUUCUGGAGUCUGAAGAGGACGGACAAGGAUACUUAGAAGAUCUUGUGAAAGAUAUUGUUCAGUGGCUCAAUGCUUCAUCUGGAAUGAAACCCGAAAGAAGCCUUCAGAAUAAUGGCUUACUGACCACCCUUAGUCAACACUACUUCUUAUUUAUCGGAACACUCUCUUGUCAUCCUCAUGGAGUCAAAAUGCUGGAAAAAUGCAGUGUCUUUCAGUGUCUCCUUAAUCUUUGUUCCUUGAAAAACCAAGAUCACCUGCUAAAACUCACCGUUUCCAGCCUGGACUAUAGCAGAGAUGGGCUAGCUAGAGUCAUUCUUUCCAAAGUCCUCACAGCAGCUACGGAUGCCUGCAGACUGUAUGCAACAAAACAUUUAAGGGUUUUAUUGAGAGCUAAUGUUGAAUUCUUCAACAAUUGGGGAAUCGAGUUGCUAGUAACUCAGCUACAUGAUAAAAACAAAACAAUUUCUUCGGAAGCUCUGGAUAUUCUUGAUGAAGCUUGUGAAGACAAGGCCAAUCUUCAUGCUCUUAUUCAGAUGAAGCCAGCCUUAUCACACCUUGGAGACAAGGGCUUACUUCUCCUCCUGAGAUUUCUCUCCAUUCCGAAAGGAUUUUCCUACCUGAAUGAAAGGGGUUAUGUUGCAAAACAGUUGGAAAAAUGGCACAAGGAAUAUAAUUCAAAGUAUGUUGACUUGAUUGAGGAGCAGCUUAACGAAGCCCUCACUACAUACAGGAAGCCUAUUGAUGGCGAUAACUAUGUCCGUCGCAGCAAUCAAAGACUACAACGACCUCAUGUCUAUUUGCCCAUACACCUUUAUGGACAACUGGUACACCACAAAACAGGCUGCCAUUUACUGGAAGUACAGAGUAUCAUCACAGAGCUCUGUCAAAAUGUUCGCACUCCAGACUUGGAUAAAUGGGAAGAGAUUAAAAAGCUGAAAGCUUCUCUUUGGGCCUUGGGAAAUAUUGGCUCAUCGAAUUGGGGGCUCAAUUUGCUACAGGAAGAAAAUGUGAUUCCAGAUAUACUAAAACUUGCAAAACAGUGUGAGGUCCUUUCCAUCAGAGGGACCUGUGUGUAUGUUCUUGGGCUGAUAGCUAAAACCAAGCAAGGCUGUGAUAUUCUAAAGUGUCACAGCUGGGAUUCUGUGAGGCACAGUCGCAAGCAUCUGUGGCCCGUGGUUCCAGAUGAUGUGGAACAGCUAUGCAAUGAGCUCUCAUCUGUUCCAAGCACCCUCAGCCUGAACUCUGAGUCGACCAGCUCUAGACAUAACAGUGAAAGUGAGUCUGCACCGUCAAGCAUGUUCAUACUGGAGGAUGACCGGUUUGGCAGCAGCUCUACCAGUACAUUUUUCCUUGACAUCAAUGAAGACGCCGAGCCAGCAUUUUAUGACCGACCUGGACCCAUAAAGGAUAAAAAUUCAUUCCCCUUUUUUGCCUCUAGCAAACUUGUAAAAAAUCGUAUCUUAAAUUCACUUACUUUGCCUACUAAAAAACACCGAAGUAGCAGUGAUCCGAAAGGAGGGAAACUGUCAUCUGAAAAUAAGACAAGCAACCGGCGAAUCAGAACAUUUACAGAGCCCAGUGUUGACUUUAAUCACAGCGAUGACUUCACGAACAUCUCCCCAGCACAGAAAACAUUGCAGCUAGAAACUUCCUUUGUUGGGAAUAAGCACCUUGAAGACACUGGCAGCACUCCAAGUAUUGGAGAUAAUGACUUAAAAUUCCCCAAGAGUUUUGGUCCAGAGAAUCACAGAGAAAACACAAGCCGAGAAAGGCUGGUUGUAGAAAGCUCAGCAGGCUCACAUAUGAAGAUCCGCAGCCAAAGCUUUAACACAGACACUACAACGAGUGGCAUCAGUUCCAUGAGUUCGAGUCCCUCCCGAGAGACAGUUGCUGUAGACUCUACAACUAUGGACACAGACUGUGGAAGUCUGAGUACUGUGGUAAGUACUAAAACUGUUAAGACGAGCCACUAUCUGACACCACAGGCUAACCAUCUGUCUCUCUCCAAAUCGAACUCAGUGUCCCUGGUGCCACCAGGUUCUUCUCAUACCCUUCCUAGAAGAGCACAGUCCCUUAAAGCGCCCUCCAUUGCAACAAUAAAAAGCCUAGCAGAUUGCAACUUUAGCUACACAAGUUCUAGAGAUGCCUUUGGCUAUGCUACAUUGAAAAGAUUACAGCAGCAAAGAAUGCACCCAUCCUUGUCUCACUCUGAAGCUUUGGCAUCACCAGCAAAAGAUGUGCUCUUUACCGACACCAUCACCAUGAAGGCCAACAGCUUUGAGUCCAGACUGACGCCAAGCAGGAUCGAUUUUAAAAAGAAGCAUGUCGGGGGAAUCAGGAGCUUAAGACCUACAAUAGCAAACAACCUUUUCAGGUUUAUGAAAGCUUUAAGUUAUGCAUCAUUAGAUAAAGAAGAUUUAUUAAGUCCUAUUAAUCAAAAUACCCUGCAGCGAUCCUCCUCAGUUAGGUCUAUGGUAUCCAGUGCUACAUAUGGAGGUUCUGAUGACUACAUUGGACUUGCUCUUCCAGUAGACAUCAAUGACAUAUUCCAGGUAAAGGAUAUUCCUUAUUUUCAGUCAAAGCAUGUGCCUCCACCAGAUGACCGAGGUGCAAGAACGUUCUCCCAUGACGGAGGAGGCCUUCCCUCUGGAACCGGUAGUCUCGUGAAGAACUCUUUCCACUUGCUGCGCCAGCAGAUGAGUCUCACAGAGAUAAUGAACUCUGUCCACUCGGACGCAUCUCUGUUCUUAGAGAGCACAGAAGACACUGGACUGCAGGAACACACAGAUGACAAUUGCCUUUACUGUGUCUGCAUUGAAAUCCUGGGUUUCCAGCCCAGUAACCAGCUGAGUUCGAUCUGUAGUCACUCUGACCUUCAAGAUAUUCCGUAUUCUGAUUGGUGUGAGCAGCCGAUCCACAAUCCCUUGGAAGUGGUUCCCUCUAAGUUCUCGGGGAUUUCUGGGUGCAGCGAUGGUGCUUCUCAAGAAGAAGGCUCAGCGAGCAGCACCAAAAGCACUGAACUGUUACUGGGUGUUAAAACCAUCCCAGAUGACACACCCAUGUGCCGCAUCCUGCUCCGUAAAGAAGUGCUGAGAUUGGUUGUCAAUUUGAGUAGUUCAGUCUCCACCAAGUGUCACGAAACCGGGCUGUUGACCAUUAAAGAGAAGUACCCGCAAACAUUUGAUGACAUCUGCCUUUACUCUGAAGUCUCUCACCUGCUGUCACACUGCACAUUCAGACUUCCCUGCCGGAGGUUCAUACAGGAGUUGUUCCAGGAUGUACAGUUCUUACAGAUGCAUGAAGAAGCAGAGGCUGUGUUGGCAAUUCCACCAAAUCAACCUAUAGUUGACGAAUCUGCCGAAUCCUGACCUCAUAUUUAUGAUGUUUAUAGCUAGAAACUAUAUAUGUAUUCAAACUUGUGGAUUUCCUAAAAGCCUCACAGAGUACUGACUGGCUGACAGCGAGGCAGGAGAGUCUUCUGACUGUGGCCAGCAGUGAUUGGUACAGAACUGCUAGAGCUGCUGGCAUCCCCAGCCAGGCCACCUUCUCUCCCGUGUCGGGCCCUUCUUGGGGUUCGUGAUUCAUUACCACGGUUUUAAUUCAGUUAUCAUCUUAUGCAAGAGCUAAGCACUGAAUACCUACAUAGGUUUUCUAUUUUUUUAUUUUAAAAGCAUAAGGGCAGUGGAACAAAACAGGACAUGAAGAAGCAUCCUUCACACAGUUGUUUCUGAAUGCUUUUUAAUCAAGGGUAAAUGCAAAAGAUGCCUUGUUUGUUAACUAGUGUGUGGAAACCAGGAGUCACUGACUGUAAGGCUGCAUCCUGCUACCCACGGCUGUAACUGCUGGUAUCAGGAGCACGCUGGCCUCUCCACACUCCCUCAUGUCUGUGACACUACUUCAGAGGCUGAUAACUCCAGAGCAAAGGGAGCCCAACACUUGCAACGUGGGAGUUAUUUGAUGAUGCUAGACUGCAUACGGAUGCCUGUUCGUUCUCCUCUGCAGCUUUGUUGCAAUGUGUUCUUAAAGGCUGUUCUUACUAAUUAAGGGUUUUCACUACAAUGUGAUCAAAAGAAAUAGUAAAUUUGAAAUACUUCUCAUGUCCAGAACACAUUAUAGCCAGUGGCCUUCCGACCUCAUCAACUCUUCUCACCACUGAAUACAAAUUGGACAAGCAUUAGUGGUCUGGACCCAAAGCAAAGGAAAGCAUUAAGUGAUACUGCAAUCUCUCAAGGAAAAGACAAGUUUGCCUGCAAUUCACACAUUCCAUGGAAAAAAGGAAGAGCCAUAUGUCCUAUUAAAAAGUCAUUGAGACUCGUUUUUAAGAGGAAAAAUUGUGGUGAAAGCCUUAAUUACUAAAUUUUAAAGAGGGAUAAUUUAAUUGUUGUUAGUGUUCCUGUUUUGCAUAAAUUGCAGUUAUAGGUGAGUUAUGAGUACAGUCAUUGCCUUUAUCACAUUUGUGAAGUCGAUGAGGGCAAGGCUUGUCUGUCUGUCUAAUUUGUAUAUGUAUAAAGACACUUGGAAAUCUUCACGGGAAUUAAACAUAUAUGCAAAUCUGUACAUAACAUAGCAUGAGCAUCAUGACUAGAAUGCUUAUCUGUGAGAGGCUGUCUUUUGAAACCAUCUAUAGAACAGACCAUCCAGCUGGACUGACUGGGACCCUCUAAUUCCUUUCUGUAGCCCAUUUUACAAUGCACAUCAGCUUUACCACGUCAUAGACGUUGCUCCAUAUUUCCCCACGUUGUACACCCUUCUCAUAAUGCUCUUGUUUGCAGGGUCGCUGUAAAGUGCCCUGUGAACUAGGAAGCAUAACUCACAGAGAUUUUUCUUAUAAUUUGCUGGCACUGAAAGUUCGCACUGGGAUGAAGAUUUCAUCUCCCUCCCUAACUUCUUCGACUGCACUUCAGCGAGUUGUUCUCAUGUGCACUGUGUAGCAACCUCCAUGGCAACAAAGCAGACAAGGGCUCUAAGCUGCUGCUCGUGGUACAACACCGUUCUCGUUCUCGGAAAAUCAGUGAGGAGAAAACUUCGAUUUAAAUGUCAGCAGUGCUUCUCAGAGCAUGCCUGUCACUUUGGUCUUUGGUCUUGGAUAAUAAAACUGCCUUUCCAGAGAACCAAAUGUCAGAGAUACUAGACCAAAUAGUGGUUACAAUUCCAAAGGAAGUAAUGUAGUCUUAUUCAUAAAUGGGAUUAACAUUUUAGACAUUCAUUUUAAACACUACCUCAGUUAACAGAGUAUAAAAUCUGUGGUUUCGUCCCUCGAAAGUUAACAAUAACUCUUCUUGUUUGUUUCUCUUCACACAAAACUAUGCCCAGCCUUGCGCACCUGAGUCAGCCAUCCUGAAAUUGAGGCUGUGCCCUAGUGUCCUACGCAUCUGUUUUGUUUUGACUUUUGACUGUUACUUUGAAAGAGGAGAGAGAGAGAGAGAGAGAGAGAGAGAGAGAGAGUGUGUGUGUGUGUGUGUGUGUGUGUGUGUGUGUGUGUGUGUGUGUGUGUUGUCAUGUCUGCCUAUAGCACUUACUUUGGGAAGGUAUCAGAGCUUUGUGAUUAUCGGUAAAUUGGGGGAUAUUGUCUAUGCUUACAUUUAUAGUGCAAUUUGGUUUAACCAUGGUUUCACCAACAGGUGUAAUACAUUUCCUUUAAGUACGUGUAUAAAAGUAGACUUUUAUGACAAAAACUACAUGCAGUGCCAAGUGAUUAGCAUAGGUGUUUACGACUAUUAAAUUAUAGCAGGUUAUAAAUGAUGUCAAUGAUAAAAGAAAUCAUUGAGAAAAUUGUCUAUAAAUAUUAGAUAUUACCAAAAUAUCAAUACUGUAGUUUUUCAAGAGUUUAGAAUUACUCUUAGUCAUAUAAAUUUGUACUAUUGAUAAUUAAUAAUUUGGAGGAGUUUGAACAGUUAAGCUGGUUGUAAACUGUGAAUUUCUAAUUGUAAAUUGUCAUUUCUAAUUGAAGUUUUUUUCAAGAACAGAUUUCAGCUUCACAUACUAAGUAAAUACUGACAAAUUUAAAAAAAUGAGUAAUUUAGUAUUUAUAAGAAAAUAGGCUCUAAAAUUUCUUUUACUUUUCUGUUUCUGCUUAGAGUACAUUGGAGGAAGAAAGUGUUCUCUCUAACUUAAGUGUUUCUGAUAAAGAGUAAGAGUAGAGACAUCCCAUAAGACAGUGGCAUUACAAGGCUGUUAGAAGUGCAUGCACUGCGGCUGUGGUGAUGUGUCCAAGUGACCAGGAGCCAGACUUCAGUAGCGUUUCUCUCUUAUCCAGAGCUUGAGACAGUUGAAACUGAAGUCAUCCCGUGGCCAAGAGUGUAUAGUGGGAUGCCAGUUCGUGUGGGUAGACUGUCGAGUGCUGUUUCCAUGCACCUUCAGUCUCUUCAGAGGAUGCCGCUGAUGCCCCACUCAAAGCACACAUCAUUAAGCAAUAAGAAGCAAAAUUGUCAUUCAGAUUAUAAUUGCGAUUAUUCUCCUGUGAUAAGAGUUAGGUGCUAAUUUUGUGUGAGAAGAAUGUGUGACGAUACAUUUUGGAAGUGAAGUUUCUCCCCCUCCUUUUACUUCCAUUUGGUCCCAGAUUCACAAUUCAUGAAAGAAAAGUAGAAUUGUUUGGGAGACUUCUAAGAAGAGCUGCUUACAGUGAACAUUUCAGAUUUUCUUGAGUGUGGGCUGGGAAAGUCUCCAUUCUCUCCAUACUGACAAAGCCUGUUGUUCCCAUCCUAACUUCUCUGAACUUGAAGAGUGUCACUACACUGAGUCUCACUCCCAGGCCCGCCAGUGACCCGGAAGGCAGUGCUUAGGAAGACACAGAAGUCUGCGCAAGUCUUUCCAAGAGCCGUUUUCUUUUAAUUUCAGGUCCCCAGGAGGGGUUCAUUAUAGUACAUUUAUACGACUCACAGAAUGUGGGAUUCCUCCCCUUUGAGUAUUUUUAUAGUUAGGUGGAUAACUCUGCCACAGAUGCAUGGAUUGCACAUUUUGACUCUGUAAUACUUAGUAUGAAAAAUUAAUUUAUGCCAAAAAGGAAACAUAUCUUAUCAUUUUCCCACUUAACUAGGUUGAUCUAGCACAAAAUGCAGUCUUGGGGCAGAGCGGGAGUGGUAAAAAUUUUUAAUGUAUGAUUGUUGAAAAAUGUUCCAUUGCUGGCCUGUCAGAAACCCUAAGGAUGCAUUGUGAGACAAAUGAUGUAAGUUCAGUUAGCUUUGAAGAGUGGUAAGGGAUCAUAGAGAGGAUCUCAGCUAAUGCUCUCCGACCACAUAACGUGUUUUUAUUUAGUAAUACGCUGCUACAUUUUUGGAGGUUCUGGUAUUUGUAGGUCACUGAACAGACAUUGAAAUCUGAUUUAUAUUGUAUAACUGUAACAUAGAAAGAAAAAGUAUUUAUAUAUUUUCCUUAAGAAUAUUUCAUUGAGUUGUGUAUAAUUUAAAUAAGAUUUGUCCCCAAAUGGUUUUGCUCACUUUGAUUUUUGUUGUUGUUACUGUUAUUGUGGUUGUAAUGUUUUUGUAUAAUGUGUACAGUUUAUGUUAAGGGCAUUAAAGCCUCCUGAAGCAUAAUCUUAUCAAAGGGAUUCAUUGUUAAUAAAAUGUACUUAAAAUUCUUAAA